AUUUACUGUAUAGUUGGCAUCCUCAACUCGAACGCGAAGGAUGUCAUUUUCUGAAUCGCGCGUGAAGUACAUAUGAAAGCCGCAAUAAUUUAGAAACUAUACGUGAAAUCUAAUACUUUGGUUUUUCUCAACAACUGUUAUCAUUUUAUGCGUUAAAAUGAUUAAGUUAUUUGCUUUCGGCAUCUUGCAAGCUAUGAUGCUUGUUGCAGUCGCUCAAUUUCAAGGACAAUCGAAUUGUGCGUCACUUUAUGGUGUAUCCGGUCAGUGCAUUGGAUUGCGUCAAUGUCCACAAAUACUGAAUAUUCUUCAAACACGACCCCUUCCACCACAAACAAUAGAUAUAUUAAGACAAAUACAGUGCGGUUUCGAUAGUCCCAACAACCCCCGAGUAUGUUGCCCUAUACAAACUCGUAUUGAAGAUAACGGCAGAAUAAAUUCGAAUUCUGGGCAACAGAAUACCAACAAUGAAAAUACCAACAAUCAAAAUACCAACAAUCAAAAUCUACAAUACGAUAUUUUUAACAAUCCUUUGCUUCCUACUGAAUGCGGCAAAGAUUUAACUCAAAGGAUCGUCGGUGGAGAACGCGCAGGACUCGACGAAUAUCCAUGGAUGACACUCUUGGAAUACCUUACAUUAAAUGGAGUAUAUACAGCUUGUGGUGGAGUCCUUAUAAGUCAGCGUUAUGUUCUAACGGCAGCUCAUUGUGUCAAAGGCAAAGAUAUACCAAGCACAUGGCGACUGCAAAGUGUCCGUUUAGGCGAAUAUAAUACUGAUACCAAUCCUGAUUGCAUUAAGGACGAUGAAAACAGCGAAAUUUGCGCGGACGAAACCGUGUCGGUUGAAAUCGAAGAACAAAUUGCUCAUGAGAAUUACCGGCCACGAUCAAGAGAUCAGAAAUAUGAUAUCGCUCUGCUAAGAUUGUCCCGUGAUGUUACGUUUACCAAUUACAUAAAACCUAUUUGUCUGCCACCAAAUGCUUCUCUCGGACAAAGGCUAUCUGUUGCCGGCUGGGGAAAGACAGAGAACGGCUCAUCGUCGAACAUAAAACUAAAACUUACGUUGCCUAUAGUUGACGAAGUACAAUGCCAGAUGACUUAUGGAAACGUUGGAGUGGCGUUGGGUUACGGGCAGAUUUGUGCCGGUGGACAAAAGGGUAAAGAUUCGUGUAGAGGAGAUUCUGGUGGAUCUUUAAUGGCUGUAGAACGAGAUCGGAAUGGUAGCGCUAGAUGGGCAGCUGUUGGUGUUGUUUCCUUUGGACCAUCACCUUGCGGUAUGCCUGGAUGGCCUGGCGUUUAUACUAGAGUAAUUGAUUUUGUACCCUGGAUACUCAGCAAAAUGAGACCUUGAUAUCUAUAUUGAAAUUAUUCGUCCAGUCUCUAUCUAAUCUUUAUACAUGUAAAAUUGUAAAUGCAUACGCGCAACGAUGAAAGGAAGGUGAAUUAAAAGAUAUAUAUAAUAUAUAUCAUUUGUUAAAUAAUAUGAAAGAAAAUAUAACGUUCUUCAUUUUAUGAAAGAAAAUUAUUUUUGUUCUCUAGUGAUAGGGUUACGUUACAUCAGUAGUAUAACUAAUAACUAUCGGUUUCAGAGGUUAUCGAUUCUGUAGCACAUACAAACUAUCACGCAAGAUAUACGUGUACAAUUAUUUUUAUAUUUUUCCUUAAUAAAUGGAGUGCAUGUUAUUUUCAAAACAA